GAAAAGAAUAAUUCCCUGUCCUUGAAACUUGAGCAACAUGCAUCAACCGAUGAGAUUCCCCUUAGCUGAUCGGCAUCCUUCAAUUCAAGUCUCAUCCUUUCCUCCUUUCUUCUCAUACAAUACUUGCUGUUUUCCAUACCACAUUUAAUCCCGAAAUGAUUUCUGAUUCCUCUCCACACCCUCCUCCUCAUCUCUUCCCCACCAAAAAAUGUGUGAAACCAAGAACUUGUAUCUAUGGCUUCUCCAAGUUGUAGCCCUCUUGGGUAUCCUAGCCAUAUGUCUAUGGCUAAUCCUGCGUCCCAGACCCCCCCAAUGUACCAUUGUUGACUUCUCCAUCCCACAGUCCUCGUUAGUCAAUAAGGAGGGUCAAAACGGCACCAUCUUAUAUAAUCUUGAAAUUGAGAAUACAAACACAGACUCCAGAAUAUACUAUGAUGACAUUUUUCUGACAUUUUAUUUUGGGGAGGAUACAGUAGGCGAGAAAAGAAUACCUUCUUUCCAUCAAGGAACAGGGAGAACUCGUCAAGUAAUUGAUUAUGUGGAUGGCAAUCCACGAGUGUGGAAAUCUCUUCUCAAUGCAUUAAAAUCGAAUGCAAAAGCUGAAUUGAAGGUGGGUUUACUAACUAGGAUUCGAUAUAAGACGUGGGGGAAGAAGAGUAAGCAUCAUAAGCUAGAGUUGCAGGGUCCUCUACCAGUUGGCUCGGAUGGGAAGAUUUUAGGCAAGAAGAAGAAGAAGAUUAAGCUUCGCCAUACUUCCAAGAAAUGGAGGAGGUAAUAAAGUUUGACCCCUUGUGGUUGGGGAUUACAGGAUUAAAUGCUUUUGUAUAAUUAGACAUUAUAUAUGUUGAACAUCUCUGUCUAUAUUUGUAUAAGAGAUGUUUAAAUUCAUCGUUGAAUAUAUAAGACCACAUGUAGAUUUUAUAGAUUCAAUAGUAGAUUUGCAAAAUAUGUACAAAACAAUGAUACCAAACAAAUUUAUUAGACAUAAAAG